AUGAGCCUACGAUGGGGAAAAGGUUAUUUGAAAGAAUUUCCAGCACUUCAAGACGAAUCAGAUGAAGAUCCACCAGCGGGUGCUGCGGAUAACCCAAGACAAGAACCUCCUCCUCCUUCAACAUUUGACGUUGCACAUCAAGCAUCUAUGAGACAGGAUCCUUUCCAAACGCUGGACACGAAAUCGCAAACAUCUAAAUCUACCAUAAGCUCACAACGAUCGUCAGCGUCAUCAACAGCAGUGAAGGCACUUCUAAAGGCGAAGGCAGCCCGAGCUCAACUUGUUUAUGCUGAAAAGGAAGCAAAUGUGAUGAAACAGAAAGCAGAUCUCGAAGCCAGCCUUCUCCAGUGCCAAAAGGCUGCUGCCGCAGCCGAAGCGGGAGCCAACGCCUAUGAGGAAGUUGAAAGAUGGGAGAAGAGCCGGAUUGAGGAUGAGCCCUUCAAUACAGUCCAGCGCACCAGCGAUUAUGUUCAUCAACAGUCCGAGCGUAUCCUUUCAGAGCUACCAUUGGAACACAUGGACAGGGAGUCGCUGGAGGAAAAAGCUGACAGGAUGGAAAUAUCCACCGUCAAAUCAGCCUUGCCAGAUACAAACAAAAACACACAGCCAGUUUACAAAAAAGCAAAAGAUGAGCGAACAACACAAUCAGGGCCAGCUGAGCUAAGGCCGCAUCCCCGCCCAUCACGCUUGACCUCCCCAGAAAAGAGACAACCACCUGAGCCCCAAGGUGCUCAAGACCUUGCAAGAUAUCUUAUCCGCAAGGAGAUGGUGAGUUCUGGCCUCCUGAAAUUUGACGACAAACCCGAAAAUUACUGGUCAUGGAAAGCAUCGUUCAUAAGCACUACAAAAGAUUUGGAUCUCUCAGACAGAGAAGAACUGGAUCUGAUGACCAAACGGCUUGGUCCCGAAUCAUCAGAACAAGCUAAAAGAAUUCGCUCAGUCCACGUCCUCAAUCCUCGAGCAGGAGUCAAUAUGGUUUGGCAGCGUCUUGAAGAAUGGUAUGGAACUCCAGAAGUCAUAGAAGAUGCUCUCUACAGAAAGAUUGAAUGUUUUCCAAAGCUGAACAACAGAGACACUGUCAAGUUAUGA